AUGGCUGAACCGAUUAGCGAUACAAAUAAUUUGCAAAGCGCAGAUCAAAGAAAAGAACGCGAUGUUAUUUACUUCAAUCGAUUAAAGAAAGAUAUCAAAAGAGUAGAAGAGCACCUCAGACAAGCAGAUGCUGCCAUCGCCACAUUUGGUAAGGAUAUAAUCCAAGACAGCCCCAUCGAGAAACGAAUAUUGGCAAUGUAUGCAGCUUAUGGAACUGUACCCUAUCGACCGGAAAAAAAUGACACUAUAACCACCGCAUCAACAUCGGUGCUUUUGGAAAACAUGAUUGAGGACAAGAAAGCAGUGCUUAAAGAGUUUACAAAUAUUCAUAAAGACCCUGGAAAUGACUUGGGGUAUGUAACUCAGGAAUUACUCAAAAUCCGAGACGCGCGAGUGAAGGAACGGGAUAUGAUGAAGUCUAUUUUGGAAUUGGAAUUGGUUUUAGAUCUGGGACUGAAUUUAGAAAAGAAAAGUGAAAAGACAAGGUUUGAAGAUGAAGUAAUGGGAAAAUUAAAAGAAUCAGAGAAAUUGGAUAAAGUGUUGCAACUGUUUUUGAGGAAAGUAUCUGUCAAAUAUACUGCUUACUGUGACUCAAUAGAUGGGAUUGUAAAUGAUAAAGACGAGUUGCAGUUAAAGGUAGAUGACUUGAUGAAGUUUUUCAAUGAGUUGAUAAAUGGAGAUUGGGUUGAGGUACGAAGUUCAAGUCAUAUUGAAGCAGUUGUCAAGAUUAUGGAAAACGGGAGUAUAUUGCAACGUGAAAAUGGGAAAGUAAGGCUACGAGGACUAGAACCUAUAAAGUGA